UUGUGCUUAACUCAAAACCUAAAGUCGCCCCUCCCUCUGCUUCCUGUCUUCUUCUCUCAUUUCUUUCUUUCUCCCUAUUUUGAAAAGGGAAUUUCCGGUAAUGAUAAGAUCGGCCGUCGCGGCCGCCGCCGCCACGUCCACCACCAUCAAGCCGCCACCUCUUCCGUCAUUUUUUUCAGGUCAGCCAUUCCUGUCCUCCAUUUUCUUCAAACCUUUGUCGUUUUCAAUCGAUUCUUCGCCUCUCUCAACCGCCGAGGACUCUUCUCCAUCUCCGGAUCUCUCUUCUCAACUCCUCUCUCUCCUCUCCCGCCCAAAUUGGCAGAAAAGCUCUUCUCUCAAGAAGCUCAUACCUUCUCUGUCACCUUCUCACCUCUCCUCCUUCCUCUCCCGGAACCCCACUCUCGAUCCCCACACUGCCAUCGCCUUCUUCGAUUAUCUCUCACGUGUCCCCUCAUUCAGGAUCGAUGUGCGGUCCUAUUUGUCACUUCUGCACAUUCUUAUAUCCCAUCAGCUGUUCCGGCCCGCCGAUAGAAUCCGCAUUUUGAUGAUUAAAUCCUGUGAAAGCCCCGAUGAUGCGAAAUAUGUGUUGAGUUUGUUGAGGGAAAUGAAUAAUGUCGAUGAUGAUGGCAGUAGAUUAAGAUUUAAAUUUAAGCUCAAUGUUAAGUCUUGUAACAUGAUGUUAAUGUCUUUGUCGAGGUUUGUGUUGAUUGAGGAUAUGAAAUGCCUGUAUUCUGAGAUGUUGAAGGAUAAGCUUUCACCUAAUAUUUACACAUUUAAUGCUAUGAUACAUGCAUAUUGUAAAUUGGGUGAUGUGACUGAAGCCGAGAUGUAUAUGAAUAAGAUCUCUCAAGCUGGGUUGAGACCAGAUGUCCAUACUUACACCUCAUUUAUCUUAGGGCAUUGUAGGAAAAUGGAUGUAAAUAGUGCAUGCAAAGUUUUUGAGGAAAUGCCUCAAAAGGGUUGUCAAAGAAAUCAUGUUUCCUAUAACAUUCUGAUGCAUGGGUUGUGUGAAGCAGGGAGAGUAGAUGAUGCGAUGAAGCUGUUUUCACAAAUGGAGAAUGAUCAUUGUUGUCGGAAUGUACGGACCUAUACUAUUCUAAUUGAUGCUUUCUGCAAAUUGAAUAGGAAAAUGGAAGCAUUGAAUUUGUUUCAUGAGAUGGUGGAGAAAGGUUGUCAACCAAAUGCCCACACUUAUACUGUUCUGAUUAGUGGAAUGUGUAAAGACAAUAAGCUUGAUGAAGCAAGAAGAUUGUUAGAUGAGAUGGGGAAAAUGGGUCAAGUUCCAAGUGUAGUAACAUACAAUGCUUUGAUUGAUGGGUAUUGUAAAGUGCAAAAUGUUGAUGCUGCAUUGGAGAUAGUUAACUUGAUGGAAUUAAAUAAGUGUAAGCCAAAUGUACGUACAUAUAAUGAGUUAAUAUCUGGAUAUUGUCGGGUGAGAAAGGUGCACAAGGCAAUGGGACUACUUGAUAAGAUGCUUGAGCAGAAGUUGUCUCCAUCUGUUGUAACAUUCAAUUUGUUGGUCCAUGGACAAUGUAGUGAGGGUCAUAUUGAUAGUGCUUUCCGAUUGCUUACAUUAAUGGGUGAGAGUGAUCUGCUCCCCGAUGAGUGGACCUAUGGUUCUCUCAUUGAUGCAUUAUGUGAAAAAGGCUGUCUUGAACAUGCUCAAUCUAUAUUUGACUCUUUGAAGGAGAAGAGAAUUAAGGCAAAUGAAGUUAUAUACACUGCUCUGAUUAAUGGUUAUUGCAGAGUAGAAAAGGUAGAUGUUGCCAUAACUUUGUUCAAAAGAAUGCUUGAUGAACAUUGCUUUCCAAAUAUAAGCACCUAUAAUGUAAUAGUUAGUGGUUUAUGUCAAGAGAAUAAGCUCUAUGCAGCAACUCAAUUGUUGGAAACUAUGGAAGAAAGAGGUGUCAAACCCACAGUAGUUACAUACAGUAUUCUGAUUGAGAAAAUGCUAAAAGAUAAUGAUUUUCACCAUGCUUAUGAGGUAUUUAAUUCAAUGGUGUCCUUGGGAUAUAAACCUGAUGUUUGCACUUACACUUCAUUUCUUGUUGCAUAUUGCAACCAAGGGAAGUUGGAAGAAGCUGAAGAUUUGAUGUCAAAAAUGAUAGAGGAUGGUGUCAGACCAGACUUGAUGACUUACACAGCAUUAAUGGAUGGGUAUGGACGUUUGAGAUUACUAGAUCGCGCCUUUGAUACUCUUAAAUCCAUGGUUGAUGCUGGAUUUGAGCCUUCUCCAUAUACCUACUCCAUUUUAAUCAAGCAUCUGUUUCAUGAAAACCAGAUAGAAAAAGGUGUCAAUAGGAUAGAAGUUGAUUCCAUUAAUGUUGUGGAUGUGUGGAAAAAAAUGGAGUUUGAUACUGCUGUUAAAUUGUUUGAGAAAAUGGUGGAAUGUGGCUGUCCUCCUAACAAAAAUACUUAUAAUGUACUGACUUAUGGGCUAUGCACAGAAGGACGCCUUGAAGAAGCUUGGAGACUUGUUGAUCAUAUGAAAAACUGCGGAAUGUCUCCUGAUGAAGAUAUAUAUAAUACACUGGUAAAAUGUUGCUGCAAGUUGAAAAUGUAUGAUGAUGCAACAAGGUUAGUUGAUACAAUGGUUAAGCGUGGUUUUUUACCAAAUUUGGAAUCCUACAAUCUCCUUGUAUGUGGACUUUAUUAUGAAGGAAAUAAUGAGAAGGCUAAGGAAGCCUUCUUGAAGCUUCUUAAUUGUGGUUACAAUAAUGAUGAAGUUGCAUGGAAACUAUUAAUUGAUGGCUUACUUAAGAGGGGGCAUUCUGAUAUAUGCUCUGAACUUUUAGUCAUCAUGGAAAAAAAUGGUUGUCAGAUUCAUUCUCAAACACAUACAAUGCUGAUAGAGGGACUUCUUGAGCAAACAGAAGAGCUUGUAAAAACAUAAUAUAUUAAACUAUCAAGCACUUUUGAUGGUUGCCAGCUCUUUUGUCCUUCUCCUAUAGGAAGAUUGCCGAGUAAUCAGGCUACAUUCAAAUUCUUUGGAUUUAUUGCAGCCUUAAUUGUGUAAUUGCAGGGAAAAAGGAGUGCCCCUAGUCCCCUACUGCAUGCACACAGCUUUCUAAUGGAUUUCAAAUCCUGAACCCACCAUUAGGACAGUGGAUCACUAGUUUUCUCACGGACCAGUGGUUUGCUAGUUCCUUUUGUGCUCAUUGAUGCAUUUGGGACAUUUACCUGCUCUAGGAAGCUGGUGAUUGACAUGAUGGUGCCCUCAUUGUUGAAAGUGCAGGGCCAUGGCGAUGACAGUAUGACACAGCUGAAUGGUUCAGAUCACACAGCCUAGCAAUCAAAUUGUGCGGAGAUCUUUUCCCUUCAAUAUGUUGAUAUAGUCUACAAGAAUACAAGAAAAAGCUUUUUCACCUGAGCUAAAUAAGAAUUAGUAGUGCAAUUUUGCAAGCCUAUUGAUGCAUACAGAGCUGUUGUAAUGAAACAAGAGCAUCUAUUGCUUCACCUGAAGGCGGAGGGAGAGAAAGCUGCCAUGUGAAGGAUAGCAGACUAGGGGUUCAGGCAUAGGUUGGUGCCUUGGUGGUAAACUGCACUCUAUUCUAAGCAGUAGACUUGAGUGUGAAUCUCACCACCUUCAUCCCCUAUCAGAUGUACCCAAAAAAUAAAAUAGAACAAAAUAAUCUUGAUAGAUUUUCUAAUACUUUCUGUUGUUGUAACUUGUGUAUAGAAUUGACUGUCUAAUUGAAGUAGUCAAACAUAAAUAGUCAAGUUCUCUAUCGUUUUGGCCAUGAAUGCAAUGGCCAAAUAGUGAUGUUUUAUGCCAAAAUGUUGUUUUCUUGGGAUGAACCUCAAAAACCCAAUUUGAUUUUAGAUAUUAUAUAAACACACACAGUUUGAAAUUUUGAAUGUUUCAGGUUAUUUUAUAGUUCACAAAAAUCUAUAAUUUAAGUUCUAAUGCCCAUUAGUUAGGUAAUUAAAAUUAAUAAUUUACUGCAUUAAUUAUUACUUAUUUCACAUAUAUAAAGUCUUUGGGUCCCUAUUGAUCGACUGGCAUUCAAGAACAAAAUUUUGGAAUGAAAUUGAAAUUUUGCAUGAAGAAAAAAUCAUCAUUGGAAGUCAAAGCAACCAGAUAAUACUCCAUAUUAGCAGUGGACACAAAUUUAACUAUAAAAAAAUUGAACUAAAUUUAUUUAAAUUAAUUGAUCUAAAUUUACAUUCAAAAUAUUGACAUGUUUUUAGUUUCUAAUAUUUGUCAAAUCAAAUCUUUUGGUUUGGCUUUGGUUUAAUUUUUAAACUUAAUGAUUAAGCUGGCACCCUUGUUCUCAAGUGCUUCAAGGUUUUAACACAACCCUUGCAAGUUGCAAUUCCCUCCCUCCUUUUUCCUAAAGAGGAUAAAAAGAAACCCUAGAAGACCGGUUGGGUUUUUCUCCUUUAAGAUGAAGAAGAAAGAAGAUGAACAUGCCGAGAGAAAUCAUCACACUGCAAGUGGAACAAUGCAGGAAUUAGAUUGGAAUGGAAUUCUAGAAGCACCGCUGCCUUGAGCACAGCAACACCGAGGAGCCAAGGAUGGAAUUUUCUAGGACUUUUCCACUCAGGGAGGGGAUAGAAAGGAUGUAUUUUUCUAUCAAGCUGAUGAUCAACACUAUUUUCCACAGGCUUUGUUGAUGGAUUUGGAGCCUGCGGUGAUUAAUGGUAUACAAAAUGGUGACUAUAUAUGAACCUUUACAAUCAUGAGAAUGUAUUUAUUGUGGAUCAUGGCGGAGGUGCUGGAAAGUGAAUGUUAUCAGGUAUGGGCUCAUAAUCACAAUAGCAAGAAAAACUUGUUCAGCCAAAAUGAGACAAGUGAUGUGGUUUGUUCAGCCAUACAACUCCCUUCUCACACUCAGAACAGAUGCCUCAGUAGAAUACCCUUUUAAAGCUAGCUUAUAGUAUGAGAAAAGUUCAACUUUAAUCCUCACAUUUUCAAAAUUAGUUCUUGGUUUUCGAAUUGUCCAAUGUAUCAAUUUUUUUUUUUUUUU